CCCGCUGGACUCGGCUUGUGGGUGUUCGUCAUUGAAUAUUUGAAUUUAUUAUUGAAUUUCCACAUUAAAUGACUUUAAUUCGUUUCUCGUAAAGUGCGGAACAAAUAAAAGUGUGUUUAAAUAAGUGACAAUGCUGCGUGUUUUACUGGAUAAGUUCUGGAAUGAAGAUGUGUGGUUACCGCCUAACACAACGUGGGCCGAUCUGGCUCCUGGGCCAGAUAAGGUCGUAGUUUAUACGGAUUACAGGCACCUUUUGCUGCCAAUACCGUUAGCAUUCGUCUUCAUAACUUUACGCUACGUUAUGGACAAGUACGUGUUUGCACCAUUCGGCAGAACGUUGGGAAUCAAAGAUAUUCGACCACGGAAAGCGCCGAACAACCCCAAGCUUGAGGCUGCUUACCAGGCUAAUCACAAACUUGUACAGCUAUGCGGUCUCGCAAAGCAACUUGACAUGACAGAGCGGCAAAUUGAGCGAUGGUGGCGCCUCCGUCGCUCGCAGGCGAAACCCUCUACACUGGUGAAGUUCUGUGAGAACUCUUGGAAAUGCACCUUCUAUAUUUGCAACUUUGCUUUCGGGCUUUACAUUCUAUGGGACAAGGAGUGGCUGUGGGACAUCGAUCAGUGUUAUAUCGGAUAUCCUCAUCAGGGUCUAACUAACGAUGUCUGGUGGUACUACAUGAUUUCAUCAGCGUUCUACUGGUCUCUUACCCUCUCCCAGUUUUGGGAUGUGAAACGCAAAGACUUCUGGCAGAUGUUUGUUCAUCACAUCGCGACGAUUGCUUUACUUUGUUUUUCGUGGGUCUGCAAUCUGCACAGAAUCGGAACAUUGGUACUGCUGUUGCAUGAUUGUGCUGAUAUAUUUGUUGAGUCCGUGAAAGCAACAAAGUACUCAGGCUACCAGCGAGUGUGUGACACCUUAUUCUUAGCGCUUGUUGUUGUGUGGAUUACCACCCGUGUUGGAAUAUAUCCUUUCUACAUUAUUUGGAGUACGUCUAUCCGCGCUCCGCAACUUCUACCGAUGUUCGCCGCGUACUACAUCUUCAACACUCUCCUUUGUCUGUUGCUAAUUUUACACGUAGUGUGGACAUGGCUCAUUCUGCAGAUCGCCUACAAAGCUAUUAUUGCUGGACAGAUGGACGGUGAUAUUCGGAGUUCCAGUUCAGAGUUAAGCGACAGCGGUAACUCUAACCACAACACGCCCAACCACGUCAACAAUAAGAGUAAAAAAGAAACAUAGACCCGAUAGAGACCGCUGUCGACGUGAUUUCGUAUAGAUACGUUUAAAAUCUACGAGGUAAACUUAACGAAUACUGUUUGUCUAAAAACCAUAAUACAAUCCCCAAAUUGAUGACCUCGGUGGCUAACAGUCCCUGGUUCGAUUUUCGGUAGGAUGAAUUUGGGGAAUGAACUUUAUAAACUAAAUUGGUUCAGGGGGUCGCCUCUCCGUCUCCCGUCUGACAUUCGAUGUCAUUACGACAUAUUACUUAUUUUACAGUAAUUGUUUCAGAGUACAGGGCCUGAUCUGGGUGUUCUGUGCAAUUCUAUGGAUUGAAUUCCGUUUUCUGCAAAUUUUUAAUUGCCCAAAUCUGCUAAUUUUAAAUCAUCUCAGUUGUGUGCCAACGGCUGGAUUUUGUGCGUUUGGUAUUCUGCUAAAAGUGAAGAGCAGUGGUGUAGCUUUCGUGGGUUUUAGCCCAAUAAAAGAUGGUCGAAUAUGCACUAUGAACUUUAAUCAAAUAGUAAUUGGCACUUUGAAACUAUACAAAAUUAGUAAAAGAAUUUAUAAACUAAAAAAUAACGUUCGUUCGAGUGAAGCUCGCAAUUGGAUCUCUCACACUAGUGGGUCGCCCGCGCCUCCCGCGGCCCCCACCCCGCCGUCGUCGGCUAGCUUCGGCUCGCGUCGGUUUGCGUCGGCAACAAGUGAUUUGUCGGUGGCUAGCCAUCGAGACACUAUUCAACUGCUAUUGGAAAGUAGACUGUAUAUUAAGAUGUGCGCUAUAAUGCAACUGCCUCCGUAGCCGAACGGUUAUCAUGCUGGACUGCCACGCUAGAAGUCUCGGGUUCGAUUCCCGAGCCAGGAAAAAUAUUUGUAUGGCCUACAUAUAUUUCUCUC